AUGCUGGGGCCAUUCUUUCCUACUGCUCAGACGCACAGAGGCUCUAUCCAUAGUCUAGACUAUGAAAGACCAAUUUCAGACUCAUAUGUACCUUUAGAUGAACAUUUGGCUGUGCAAUUAAGCAGCUCAAUGAAUAGCAUGUAUUUACGCUCACCGAUGGGCUAUCAGGGCGCAGGAUUUGGAGACCAAAGCCCGUAUUACUCCAACCAAGAUGAUCUCCUACCGAUAUCCACGAACAUGAGCAGCGCUAGACAUGUUUCUCCAGAAUUAUGGACGAGUCCCAAAUUUUCUGAACCAUCAAAAAUUGCGACUUACUUCAAUCCCUCUUACUUCGCUGAACCUCUCCCCAUGGAACCUAUCACUCCUCUAACUGGGCCGAACCAUUCCAGAAGUAGAAGUGAGUAUUCGGUUCCGUAUAUCGAUGUGGGCCAGUCUGCAGCAAUAUCUCGACUGCAAUCACAGCCUUUCAAAAUUUCUAUGCCUCCUCAUAGGAGGCCAAUCAAUCUAGAUACCAAUGCCGCCGCAAGCAUUAAUUAUAUUCCCAAAGACCAAUUGAUAUCAGAAGCAACAGCAAGGCCGGCUUUCGUCUCGACUUUGUAUGACCAAAGUGGUCUUGCAAUGCUGGCUGCCCAGCCUUCUCAUCACACACCCCUAGUGCCACCAAACGUCGACAGAACAUACCCAACCAUAUCAGUUGAUCUUGAGCUACAACAAUUGCUAGAUGAAGACCCUUUUCAUAAUCCGAAUGCCGAAGACCCUUGGAAGUUUGUCAAGGUUGACGAUCUCGACGAAAAUUUGUCUGAUCUCCUUGCUCUCGAUAAUUCGCUUCCUCAAACUAAGAUUAGAAGUCCUCCAGAACCUAGGCGCAAGUCUGUGACAAUCCUCAGUCCUCUUAGAGUAAGCAAUACCCAAUCUCCUUCCUCCGUAGUGCUGGGAGGCUCUCCUAGAAGUCGGAGACGGAGUAGCUUGUUUGAACAUCUGGAAGCACUCAUGGGCCCGCUCUUCUCAAUGGCCGAUUGUUCAAACGAAUUUCACUUGACUAGCAACAUAUCUUUUCAGGACGAAACAGCGGAAGUGCAGAAGCGCCACAGUAUCACGGGGUCAAUGAAGAAAAAGUCGAGUACAAAAUCUCACAAACAUUCGUCCAAGCCUCUGCUCAGUAAACCAAAGAUACCACCCAAUCUCGGCAAGGCGGCUCUGGCUAAGACAGCACGUAUUCUCAAGGACAUGGAAGCUGGAUUACUGUCAUUCCAACUCCCAACGAAGUAA